UUGCAAUUCGAUCGAUAUCAGCAUGAGCGGCCAGGCAUCGACAGCAAGGCAGGUACAAAUAUGAAGGACACAUACAGUACAGAUCGAUGACAAGAUAAGAUAUGAAGAAGGAGGCUGUCACAAAUUCAGCAAAUGCUUGUGAAAAUGCUUCACAAUCUCAUUCAAAGACUGAGACAACUAUCGAGAAAUUGAGUCAAUUGCUGCAAUCAUGUCCUGCAUCUGAAGAGCUUAAGAGUACAUGGGAACGACCAAAAAAGCCUUCUAUGCCUCUGUCAAAAGCUUCGGCUAGCCCUGAUCCUCGUUUGGGUGACCUGCAUGCUGUACUGCAAUCGGGUCGAUCCGUUGUUCGGGGCGCAAACAAGGACAGAGGAAUACCAAUGUGGAUCGUAAUUCGAAUGUGUAAAGCUUCAUGGCACAAAGAUGGAACAUGGCCAUUGAUGGGAAGUGAUGAGAUUGAAAAUCAAACGCAAACAAAGUCUGUCAAUCAAGAUACCAUUCAACGAGUUCGAAGCAUUCAUCCUUCUGCCCUGAUAAUACAAGCAGAACAAAACGACCAUACCACAACCAAAGCUGUAGAUGCAGCCUUCCCACAAAAGAAUGGAGGACCUCCUAUACGAAUCGAGCCAUCAGCAGACGAAAUUGCUGAAGCUUAUCGGCGUAGAGGCAUCUUUGUCGAGCAAGUUUCCAAAGUGAGAGAUGAAGAUUGGUAGCUCAUUUAGACUCACAUGUAACAAUAUGAUCCUUUUAUGUAUAUAUAUACACUAUCAGUAGAGAAGCCAUACACUGGCAAAGGCUUGAUUGCUUGUCCUCGAACAAUGUAUGCUAAUUUCAUGUAUAACAUCAAGAAGCCUAUCAAUCAAAUUCGUGG